AUGCCAUCCCUUUGCUCUGUCUCUCACCUAUCUUCAGCUAGCAAGCUUGUUUUACGACCAUGUCUUCAGGUUCAGCUGCAUUCAGGACGGCCGCGCCCUGCUGGUUCUACCUUCCUUGGGCCGCUGUCCAUCGCUAGGACCGGCACCACCACCGCCAGCGCCGGUGACACCACCACCACCACCACCACCGCCUGCGCCCGUGACACCACCAGCCUUCGCGCCCGUACAGACGCCAGGGCCGGCGCCGCCGGUAUCAUGCAACGACUGCAUCCGCGCUCUCAUCCCGGGAUGCGAGUCGAAUUGCUCUGCCUAUGCGACAGCGAGCUGCAGCUGGACAUGCAAUGUGCCACGGUGCGACGAGUGCAGGGCGAGGGUUAGCAAUUGCACGGCAUGCUGUGAUGCCGGAACUUGUAGCUGCGACUGCAAAACGGCCGGCGACUUCGACUGCCGCGGUGCCUGCGGCGACCAAGUCAGAAAUUGCCGCCCAUGCUUCGAAUCCUCAAUGGGUCUGUGCAUGUCCAACUGCAUCAGCCGAGCCCUCAUCAGCCCCUGCCAUGCCCCCAACUGCACGGAGGAGACACCACCACCACCGACAGAGACACCACCGCCGCCAGUGUUGGAGACACCACCACCGCCACCGCCGCCUGCGUUGGUGACACCACCAGCGCUCGCGCCUGUACUGGCGCCAGGGCCAGCGCCGCCGGUAUCAUGCAAUGACUGCCGCGCCCCUCUCAUCCCGGCAUGCACAUCGAAUUGCUCGGCCGCUGUGUCCGCGACAUGCCUCAAGACGUGCAGCCCCCAGAACCAGACGUUAUGCGACGAGUGCAGGACGAUGAAUAGCAACUGCACUGCCUGCUGCGACGACGGAACCUGUAGCUGCGACUGCAAAACCACUGGCGACUUCGACUGCCGCGGCCGAUGCUACGUCCAAUACACAGGAUGCAACGACUGCAAAAGGUCCGGAGCGAUGUACUGCAUGCUUGACUGCCUCAGCCCCUGCAGUGCCAUAUGCGCCAAGGAACCGUAAAGACUUGUUGGGCUAUGUAUGCGUUUGCAUCUUGCUACUACUUCACGUGAACUUGUGCAUGCAUCCAUGUAUUAUUAUUCUACUCUGUGACACGCAUCAAUAAAAGAGUAGAUCAUUAUUCUACUUUUA